GUGGAGUCGAUGCUCGUACGCCGAACGCGAUAUUUGAAUUUAAACAUCGAAUUAUUUUUAGUGUUCUAGCGUAAUAAAAAUAUUUAUGCAUAUUUUCGCGUGUAGCAACAUUUUAUAGUCAGUGGAAUACGUGUUUGCACAGUAGAGUAGCCGGUAAAUUGAGUCAUGGACUGUCAUAUCUCAGUGAAGAACAGUGGUUCCCGAUAGUAUUUUAGUUAUUUAUUAAAAUAUUUUUAAUUUAUAACAUAACGUGUGUGUGUUGGCUGUUUGUAAAUACUGGGACAUUAAAAAAGAAAACAGAACCAUGGCGAGAAUAAGUUUACUGCUGGUGAUAGCAUGCCAGCUAAUCACCAUCCCGUCCAUCAGAACUGAUGAUGAGAACCCCUUCCUGGACCUGGCAUCAUCAUUCCUGCAGAAUAUGGGAGAUGGUGGUAAUAACAUGAAUGGAUUGGCUGCUAUAGGAAGCAUUGUUGGGAACCUGAUGCAGGGAGACAAUGCCAAGAACUUGGGCGCCAUGUUUGGUCAGACUGACAAUGGAAAUGCUGGUGAUAUGCUGUCAGGUCUGGGCAGUCUACUAGGUGGUCAAGAUGGCAAGAUAGAUCCAGCACUAGUAGGAUCAAUGAUAUCCAUGUUUGCCCAGCAGAUGGGAACCACAGAGUCCUCAAAACCAGCGAGACAGAAGAGAGAGAACAAAGAGCCAGGUGAACUGAAUCUGGAAAGCAUGAUGACCUUGGCAUCUGGUCUCCUCGGCAACAAGAACGCUGGAGGAUUUAUGCCUUUAGUAAUGAACGUUUUGAGUUCAUUUUCGGAUAGCGAGGCUCAGAAGCGAGCUGAUGAGCACAAGGACCAUGCUUCAUUCUUGCCUCCAUUCUUGGAGAAGGCUCAUUUGUACUGGGAUAUCUUCAUAAACUCAGAGUUGGGCAAAACUAUCUGGGAGAAGUCGGGUUUGAAGCGAGGAUUGAAAGCCUUUACAGGACCUGAUGGAAAUAUCAGUUUCCAGCAGAUGUUUAAGAACUUUGAAAACCAUUCGUUCAGGAGGCAUUGGAUUAAAGCUGCAGCCAAGUACUUGACUGAUAUGGUGGUACAUGUUGCAAAGCCUGAAGUUUACAGCAGGUACCUGAUAUCAGGUCAGUACAUCACGAACAGCUUCCUGGACUCCCAAGGUUUCCCUAAGAGCACACACUUCAACGUGAAGAAACCAGAACAGUCCCUGACUACGCUGCUGAACCACGUACUUAAGAAGUACUUGGAUAUGGACACCGAUGUCGGUGAAUAUGUGGUACCAGCUGUGGAGUAUGUCAAGCAAACCCUAAAAAUGGCAGAAGCAACCACAAAGACCAUGUCUACCAGGGGCGACUACAACGCCAUCGCUGACCGUCUGACUGACACCCUGAACUUAGAGGUGAUAGAACCAGUGCUGAGGGUGUACAGAGCAUACCAGCAUUCAGUGAAGGCUCCUCACUGCCAGGAACAUCUCAUGUGCCUUGUUAACAGACACCACGACCAGGAUAAAAAAGGUAUACCAGGCUUCAAGGCUGGUCUCACGAAGCUCAGCAGUUUGGCAGCAUCAGCGGCACUCAGCUUCCAGAAUGGCAAAGGAUUCUUCGAUUUAUACAACGCUAUCCAGAAUGAUGUAAAUUGUGAAGCGGCAUACCCAGCAGACUGUUCAGCAUUCCACGAACACGAGCUGAAAGUGACAACAGAAGUGUACCAUAGCGAAUUAUAAGCACUUAUUUAUAAGUAGACCAACUUAAUUUAUGUAUUAACUUAAUGUUAUCCCUUCCCUGUACUUAGGUAAAGAGUGAGCACUAUUUUUGGCUUUUUUGUUUGUAUUCAUCAUUUUUUGGGUUUCGUUUUUAUAAAGAGCACAAUGAGAAAUUAUUAUGUUAAAAUGUCAUAAAAAUAUAAGUAUUCAUAUCUAGCAUUAACAUUUGGACAUUCUUAAGUAAUUCACACGGAAUUUACUUAAUAGCAAUUAAAGAAAAAUAGCUAGACACGUUCCUGGAACUGCGAAAUGGAGCUCCAAUUACAUAAAUAUGUGAUUACCUUUCAUGUAUGUAAUUAAUAUUAUUUACACACUUUCAUUACUUCAUUACCUAUCAUUGUUUUCAUUACUUCUUCCUUAAUUCUAUAAAUUAUCAGCAAAAAUCACGAAUUUACUUAAAAUUCAUUGGAUCAUUUCCAUAAUGACCCAUUAAAAAUGAAAAUGAUUCAGUCCAUUAAUAAAUUUAUGGCACUUUCAAAUGAAUUGUGGCACUUUUCUAUUUCUAAUAAUUUAGUUUCUUAUCAUUUUAUAUUUGUCUAAAUAUACUUGAUUUUAUAUUUAAAAGUGAUAAUUAUGUUCAUAAUAAAAUUAUGUACUUAUAAACCGGUUACAUACUCGUUGUUACUAUGCAACAGUUACAUUUUAAAUGGAUAAAUAAUCCUUAUUAGCCCCGUUAUAGCAUUUUAUAUAGAAUUUCAAAUCUUUGGAAAUGGUCGUACCUACCUACCUAUUGAUUUUAGAAAUGUCAAAAAUAUUCAUUAUCGUAAUUCCGAUUUUAUGGCGAAAACCAGUUGCAUUUAGGUUUCAGAGAAUUAUUAUAAAAUAUAAUUAUUAUUAUAAUAUAUAUUUAAAAAUGUACUUAGUAUUGAUAGUUACUAUAAAAUUGAAAUUAAGUAAAAUAAUUUUAGUUUUUGCUGGACAUUUGGUGCUAAAGUUUAUAUUGCAUUUAAUUGACUUCUGCCUAUCUUCAAAUGGUAGGCACAAGUCGAAAUUAUAUAGAUAGAUGUAUUAAUAUAUUAAAAUCUCGAAUCUUAAUAUAAUAAUAAUUUAAAUAUAAUUUUUAAAUAUUAAAAUUUAUUUGAUGUCAUUAUUCAUUUUAUAAUGUAAAUACAUUCCAAAUUUAUGUAAGAAAUGGGAAAUAAAACUCUUA